GAGGUGGGGAAGGGCAGAGCAGAGGGGGUUCCUGACUGCUGUCUACACAGUCUGGGAGACAAGACACGUCGUCUGCAAAAGGAGACACGUGUGCGAAGGCGAUGUCCAGGCAGGUGGAGUUGCUGUGGGAAGGUGCGGUUUCACCGGUACAAAGGGAGGCGGGCAAGCCCGAGAUUGUCCCCCGUUGGCGGCGAUGGUUACUGCUGCUGCUUGCCCUCGCUCUCCUCCUGGGGUUUGCCCAGCUCCUGCCCGGCACUCUGACCCUCCGGGGGCCCGAGAGGCAGCCCCGACAGCUGGCAAGAGAGAGCUGGCAAGGGGGUGACGGCGGGGGGAGGGGGCCGGGGGGGCUGGCAGGGUGUGGGUCUGUCCCGGAGGCCAGGCGGUUUGACUGCUACCCCGAGAGGGAUACGGUGGUGACCCGGAAGCUGUGCCAGGCUCGCGGCUGCUGCUUUGUGCAGGUACUUCGCAGACUGUCCGGGGUUCCCUGGUGUUUCUACCCUCCCACCUUCCCCACUUAUACCCUGACAAACCUGAGCCAAACCCCGCUGGGGGAGACUGGAGUUCUAACCCGCAGCCAGAAAUCCUACUACCCCAACGACGUGCUCAAUCUCCAGCUGGACGUCACCUUUGAGACCAACACCAGGCUCCACAUCAAGAUCCGUGACUCCCGCAGCCACCGGUACGAAGUCCCGAUCGAGGUGCCCCCGCCCGCCCACCGAGCCCCCGCCCCCACCUACACGGUGCAGUACUCCCCAAAGCCGUUCGGGCUGAUCGUCACCAGGAAAUCCACAGGAGCCGUGCUGCUGAACACCACGCUGGCUCCUCUGCUCUUCGCCGACCAGUUCCUGCAGAUCUCCACGUCGUUGCCGUCCCCUUACAUCUAUGGUCUGGGGGAGCACCAGGCCGGCUUCCUGCACACCGUCCAGUGGAACACGCUGACUUUCUGGGCUCGGGACUGCCCCCCCAGGGACUUUGUUAACCUGUAUGGAGUCCAUCCCUUCUACCUGUCCAUCGAGCCCAAUGGCACAUCGCACGGUGUCUUCCUGCUCAACAGCAACGCCAUGGAUGUGGUCCUGCAGCCUGUACCAGCCCUGACCUGGAGAACAAUAGGAGGCGUCCUAGACUUCUACAUAUUCAUGGGGCCCGACCCCAAUUCUGUCAUCCAACAAUAUCUAGAGGUCGUAGGUCGCCCCGCCAUGCCCCCCGCAUGGGGUCUCGGCUUCCACCUCUGCCGCUGGGGGUACAGGACCAGUAACAGAACCUGGCAGGUGGUCAAGGAAAUGAGAGACGCCGGCAUUCCACAGGACGUACAGUGGAAUGACAUCGAUUACAUGGAUCGUUACCUGGAUUUCACCUUUGACGCCCGGACAUUUGACAGCCUUCCCGACCUGGUGAAGGACCUGCACGACCACAGACAGAGAUACGUCAUGAUCCUGGACCCUGGCAUCAGCAGCACUCAGACACCUGGGACCUACUGGCCCUACGAUGAGGGUCUGAAACGUGGCGUCUUCAUUAACAACGCAACUGGGAACCCGCUGAUCGGACAGGUGUGGCCGGGACUCACGGCGUUCCCAGACUUCAGUGACCCCAAGACCCAGGGCUGGUGGUACGAGAAUCUCCUGCGGUAUCACCAGGCGGUGCCGUUCGACGGCGUGUGGAUUGACAUGAACGAACCUUCCAAUUUCUUGGACGGAUCUACGGAAGGCUGCCCGUCAGACCGGUUUGAAAAUCCGCCGUACGUACCAGGAGUGCUUGGUGGGCAACUGCGGAGUAAGACUAUAUGUGCCUCUGCGAAGCAGAGCGUGUCUCUGCACUACAAUGUGCACAGUCUGUACGGACUGAUGGAAGCAAAGGCGACUGCAAGCGCUUUGAUUAAGAUUCUCAACAAGCGUCCGUUUGUAAUUUCUCGAUCCACCUUCCCAAGUCAAGGCAAGUACUCGGGGCAUUGGCUGGGAGACAACAGGAGCCAAUGGAAGGACAUGUACUACUCCAUCCCAGGAAUCCUGAAUUUUAACAUGUUCGGGAUACCGCUGGUUGGCUCGGACAUCUGCGGCUUUGGUGACACGACCACCGAGGAGAUGUGUGUCCGCUGGACGCAGCUCGGGGCUUUCUACCCGUUCUCGCGCAACCACAACAUGCUGGGCACCAAGGCCCAGCAGCCCACAGCUUUCAGCACCUCGGCUCAGGCCGCCAUGAGGACAGCCCUGAGGACCCGCUAUUCCCUUUUCCCGUUUCUCUACACGCUGUUCCACCGGGCGCACGUACUGGGCCAGACCGUGGCCAGACCUUUGCUCUUCGAGUUUCCCGAGGAUGUCAACACGUUCUCCGUGGACAGGCAGUUCCUGUGGGGUCGGAGCCUCCUCAUCACCCCGGUGCUGGAGCCAGGAGCAGACUCGGUGACUGGCUACUUCCCUAAAGGCCUCUGGUUUGACUUUUACACCGGCACGGCUCUCAGCAGCAGUGGGGAGCACAGGAAGCUGGCGGCCCCUCUGGACAUCAUAAACCUGCACAUUAGAGAAGGCAGCAUCAUUCCCGCACAGGAACCCAACACGACCAUCUGGGACUCCAGCAGCAACCCUCUGUACCUGAUGGUGGGGCUGACCCCCCAGGGCACUGCGCAAGGAGACAUCUUCUGGGACGACGGGGAAAGUUUGGACACCUACGAGAGCGGCAAUUACACUUACGUUACGUUUAGUGUUGCUGAGAACACAUUGACCUCCACAGUGCUGCACCUGAACGUCGAGGGAACCUACCUGGGGGUGGAAACCCUGAUGGUGUUUGGGCUCAAACUCCAGCCAGUCAGGGUCACAGUGAACGGCAAGUCCGUUUCCUUCAACUACUCGGCAAACCAGGUCCUGACUGUCAAUCACCUGGACCUUCUCCUCAGUAAAGAGUUCCACAUCUUGUGGCAGUGAGGCCUGGAUGGCUGAAGACUUGACCCCUGCCUCAGCGCUCUUUAUUCUGCCUGGCUUUCCCUGCUGCGCUGACCUCUCAGAGCUCACUCUGUGUCACCAGAACCGAGGAUCCGGAACUUCCUAAUGGGGGGGAAAUGGUUGGAGCUCACAGCGUGAACGCUGAAUCCAAUGGGACGGGAAAGGGAAGAGUUAAUUGCACGAGACCCACAAGCUUGGGUUGAAAUCGGAUGUAAUGUGGAGUUCUGAGAAGCAAAGCUGUGAAGUGGAUUUGAAAUAUACUCUCUCUGCCUCGUGCUUUCCUCCUGUUACAAAGCUCAUGUCCACACCCGAAGACCCUAACGUCAGAUGCGCUGAACAAACAAUAAGUCAGGAGUCCCCUUAAGCCACCAACAGUUGCUAUUAAUGUUAUUUGGGGUCAGAUGGGUGUAAAUCCUUCCCGAAUGUUUGGAGUAGGUAGAAUAAAAUAAGUAAAAAGGAAUCCUCCCUAACAUUUAAAAUGAAUACAAAUGAAUUUUAAAUAAAAAACAUUAAAUAUUGUUCUGUAUUUACCAUUCAUGUGAUGUAGCUGGGUUGAUGCUCUCAGCGAAACCAAUCUCUGAGGUAAGAGUCGCUGUUUAAUGCUGGUCUACAGCAAAAAAAACUAAAUGUGAAGUUUACUAAACUUAAAUUUACUGUACAUUACAUCAUGGGUUUUUCUCCAUAAAAUAUACAGUCAAUUCACUUUA